AUGGCAGACAACCAAACUCAGCGCCCAGUGGGGCUUCUUUUCGACAUAGGGGGAGUCUGUGUUGUGUCUCCAUUCCAGGCAAUUCUAGAUUAUGAGCUAUCUCAGAACAUCCCCCCUGGAUGGGUGAAUUUCAGCAUAUCCCGCAGCAAGCCUGACGGCAGCUGGCACAGGCUCGAACGAGGCGACAUCCCCAUGGAUGCCGAGUUCUUCAAAGGCUUCAACGAGGACCUACGGAAUCCCACAUUCUGGAAGGAAUUCCAUGAGCAACUACAGAAUAAGAAAGGCGCCAGCGGCCCGGCCACAGUCCCACCACUCCCUACCGUGGAUGCUGAGUGGCUUUUCUGGGAAAUGAUGAGGAUAUCUCGCACUCCCGACCCGUAUAUGUUUCCAGCUUUGAAGAGACUCCGAGAUUCAGGCAAAUUUCUCAUGGGUGCCUUGUCGAAUACGGUGAAGUUCCCCGAUGGACAUCCAUACAAUGAUGAUGUGUCUGGUGUACGAUCUCAGUUCGACUUUUUCAUUUCCUCUGCGCAUACGGGACUUCGAAAGCCUGAUCCACGGAUUUACGAGGUGGCGAUUCAAGAGAUGAAUGAUUUGGCGCGAAAACGAGGACUGCAGCCAGUUCAGGCUGCUGAUAUUGUUUUCUUUGACGACAUUGGUGAGAACUGUAAGGGGGCGAAGAAGGCUGGUAUGGGUACUGUGAAGGUUACCUUGGGCAAGAUUGAGGUUGCAGUUAAAGAGCUAGAAAGAAUCACUGGCCUUGAAUUGCUGGACAAUGAUAAGGCUCGACUUUAG